AUGUCUUCAAUCAUUAAGACGGAGUCUACUUCAACCCAGAAAACAGAAUUUCGUGGCGCUGGGGGUAUUGAAGGACCUGCACAGGAAAAUGGACUGUCACGAAUAACCUCAUUGAUCGAUGAAGCAAACGCGAGAGAGCGAUAUGAAGUGGAAGGAGAAGGCCAGAAGGCUCACUUGCCAACUUCAAAUGUCCAUGAACUCCAGAAAAAAAUCGUUUCUUGGGAAGAUGGAGAUCCAGAAUGCCCAUACAACUGGUCUGCUAAAAGGAAAGCCUUUAUUGUUGUGAUUGGGAUGACAAUAGUCAUCAACAGCACUAUGGGUUCCUCACUCCCCUCGAACGCCAUCCCUUUCAUCAGCAAUGAUUUCCACAUCACAUCUUCCGCCGCUCAAAUCCUGCCAAUAUCGAUAUUUCUAGUCGGAUAUAUUUUGGGACCCUUGUUGUUUGGCCCGUUGUCUGAGACUUAUGGAAGGAGAAUCAUGAUGAUCUCGACAUUCAUCCUUUUCACGAUUUUCACAAUGGCAUGUGCUCUGGCACCCAAUUUUGGAGGGAUGCUAGUGUUUAGAUUCCUUACAGGAGUCAACGCCAGUAGUCCUAUAGCCGUCGUCGGAGGUAUCUAUGCGGAUUUAUACGAUGACCCCGUGACAAGAGGACGCGCCGUCGCAGCGUUCAUUGGAGGAACUUGCGUAGGACCGCUCGUCGCCCCUGUGAUAUCUGGAUUUGUUGCGCCAACCAUAGGGUGGAGGUGGGCGUUCUGGAUUGGACUCAUCUUCGCCGGAGCCUCUAUGGUCCUCCUUCUCUUCCUCCCCGAAACCUACGGGCCUAUCCUGCUCGCCAAUCGUGCCUCAGCCCUCCGCAAAGCCACCGGCAACUCCCAAAUCUUCGCGCCUAUAGAGCUCGAGAAGAAAGGACUCAAGCAGAUGGUAUCCGUGACGCUCACUCGUCCCUUGCGUAUGAUCUAUUUCGAACUCAUCGUCGCCGCAACCUGCGCCUACCUCGCGGUGGCCUACGGGAUCUUCUACAUGUACUUCGAAGCCUACCCCAUCAUCUUCCAAGGCGUCUACCAUCUAUCCCCAGGAAUCGCAGGGCUGAUGUUUCUCCCCAUCGCCGCAGGGGCCGCAUGCGCCACGGGCCUCUUCCUCUGCUACGACUCCUACCUCCAGCGCGCCCAACGUCUCCACAAACCCUGGACGAGCAGAGAAGAAUUCCGUCGUUUACCACUAGCCUGUAUCGGCGGGCCCUGCUACGUCGUAGCUUUAUUCUGGCUCGGCUGGACCGCGAGACCAAGCAUCCCCUUCUACGUGCCGAUGCUCGCGGGGAUCCCCUUCGGUAUGGGCUAUGUGCUUAUCUUCAUGGCGCUCCUCAACUAUCUCACGGACGCGUACGACAUCUUCGCGGCGUCGGCCAUGGCAGCCAGCUCGUGCUGUCGUAGCGUCGCGGGCGCGGUGUUGCCGUUCGCUGCUACGCCGAUGUAUCGCAACCUCGGAGUCGCGUGGGCGAGUUCGCUCCUAGGGUUCCUGAGCCUGGGGAUGUGUAUCGUGCCGUUUAUGUUUCUGUGGAAAGGGGACGUGCUGAGGGAGGGCAGCAUGUUCUGUACGUAUUUGCGAGAGCGCAAGGAGAAGGAACAGGAGGCGAUCGAGCGGGAGAGGAUGGCGAGGGAAGCGGUGGUUGAGAAGGUAUAA